AUGUGGUAUUGCCAUGUCAUUCAGCCAACUGAAGAGGGAAGGCGUGAAGCAGAUAAUGAGCCAGGAAUUGAGAGACAUAAAAUUAUGGAGAAAUCCAUAAUCAACAACUGGUUUCAUAGGGAGUUUGUUUAUGAUGUAGAGUACAGGGAAAAUGGCCAAUAUUUCAGCUGCAAUUGUAAGAAAUUCGAAUCAAAAGGAAUAUUGUGCUGCCAUAUCAUGAGGUUGAUGUCACUCAAAGACAUAAAGUUCAUCAACGAACGAUAUUUGCUUAGGCGAUGGAGAAAAGAUGUUAAUCGUGUCCAUAGUAAAAAGUUUUUUCACGGAGGGUACCCACAUAUGACAGAGGAGUUUGAGAAAUACAGGGAGAUGGAGAGGUUAUUUCAAGAAGCAUCCGAUUUGGCUUACGAUGACAAUAAGAUCAAAUUUGUGAAACAACGGUUGGUUGAAUUGAAGCGGAUUUAUUGA